AUGUCGCCCCACCUUGAUUAUCAACAUUGUGGCAACAGCACCGAUAUUGCAAAGUCCCGCGGAUGUCAAUUCGAUCUCUUGAAUUAUGUCUGGCUGCCAGAGCCCUGUAUAGAGCAAGAAACCGUGAAUGAAUUCCGCAUCUGGCUAAAUAGCCCAGAGCGCCAAUUUGGGCGCUGGCCGUUUUUUUCCGAUCGCGAAGGACAAGAACGCAUCGCCGACGAGCAAGCCUUGUCAGAGCGGGUGCAUGUGGACACUCGCGCGCCUCAAGAAGAACAUCUGGCUCAUUGUAUUUUCCUGUGGCGUCGAUUGGCACGCAUUGCUGUUAUGAAGGUGGAGCUGGAUAUCGGGAUUGGUCAUAUUCACCAUUGUACUGAGGGCCUACUGGAUAUUUUGCAGGGGCCAAAUCCAGUGGAUGCAGAACGGCCACAUACAGUAUUUCAGGUUGGAUUCGGUGGAUGCAGAUUAGGAUAG